AUGGAGGACAAGCACAAGGAGCACAAAUACACCCUAGACCAAUACCUGUCAAAAGCCGAGCACUACAUAUGCUCAUGCUUCAACAAAAACAACGGCACCAACAACAUUGAUCGUACCCCGGGAGGCCUUUUAUUCAUUCGGCAAUGGAACAACAUGCAAUAUGUAUCCUCGGCCACAUUCCUUCUCAUCGUAUACUCGGACUUCCUCAAAAGCUUGAACCAGAAGCUCAACUGCCAUGGAGUAGUUAGCCCAGAAGAGCUCUUCAACCUAGCCAAAGCUCAAGUGGACUACAUUUUGGGGUCCAACCCCAUGAACAUGAGCUACCUAGUUGGAUAUGGUACUAAAUACCCCACAAGGAUGCACCACAGGGGUGCAUCGAUUGUGCUCUACAGAGAGAACAAAGGAUUCAUUGGGUGCACCCAAGGGUAUGACAAUUGGUACAGUAGAGAGGAACCAAACCCGAAUGUUGUUGUUAGAGCAUUAGUUGGAGGUUUUGAUUGUCAAGACAAUUUCAGUGAUCAAAGAGGGAACUACAUGCAAACUGAGGCUUGCACUUACAAUACAGCACCAUUGGUUGGGGUUUUUGCAAAGUUGAAUCAAUUGGGUGAUAAACAAGAGAUUCCAAAUCUGAAUUUGAUUGCUUCCUUUUAG